AUGGAUUUCGUCUUCGGGUUACCCAAAGACGCACGCGGGAAUACGGGUAUUCUCGUAUUUGUUGACAGACUCAGCAAAAUGGUACACCUUGUGGCUGUACCAGAGACAAUCACGGCAAGUGGCUGUGCUUGUGUCUUUAUUGACACCAUCUUCCGACUUCAUGGGUUGCCCCGUGAACUCGUAUCAGACAGAGAUCCACGAUUCACUGCUGAUUUCUGGCGUUCCGUGUUCAAAUCACUCGGAACGCGCUUGAAGAUGUCGACAUCUGAUCAUCCAGAGUCAGAUGGUCAGACGGAACGUGCCAAUCGUGUCCUUGAAGAGAUACUUCGAGGAUACGUACACUCCUUUAAGAGUUGGAGUGAGUUUUUGCCGAUGGUAGAGUUUGCCAUCAACAACUCGGUGCAUGCGUCCACGACACAUACACCGUUUUACGUGAAUGGCUUGCGCCAUCCGCGUGUACCCACCUUACUAGAGUGUAACUCUGGUUUAAGGGGGGGAGGGACUCGCGCGAGCAAAAACCGAUUUGGUUCACGCUCAUCACGCUCUGACGAAGAGGUCAUUGCGUUUGAUGCCGAUAUCGAUAACAUCGAUAUCGAAGAAGAUGAUGCCAGUGAGAGUGCGGAAGCCCUCACUGAAGACAAUGAUCCCAGUGAGAGUGCGGAAGCCCUCACUGAAGAAAAGGUUGUUGUCGCUGCAGUGCGCUCACAGCACACUGAAGCUAACGAGUCAUCAGAUGAGUUCAUACUGGCUCGUGAAACGGUAGUCCGUUUUGUGCAAGACUCCAUCGCCGAAGCGGUGACUUAG